AUGUCAGUAGGCAAAAUGCCGAGCGGGACGCCAGCCCAUCAUCGUCAUGCUACUCCGAAGCCCACCGUGGCAGAGCGGCUGCAUGGGCAUAAGGAGGCGCCUCCACAGGUGAUACCUAUGGCCAAUAUUAUUCCAGGAGACAGUCCCUUCGUCACGUGGGACCAAUUCCAGUCCGCUAUGAGUGUGAUAAGAACUGCUAUAGACGGGACGGGGGAAUCGGGCGCAACGUUUCCCAUACUACCAGAAGACGACAGCACUAUGCAGGCCUUUUUGCUGCGCAUCGAGCGCCGGUACACCCAGAUGGGAUUGGGGCCGUGCGAGUGGGGAAGCGCAUUUAUUGACCACCUUGUGGGCCCGGCUCUGACGUAUUGGAUGUAUCUACGGCGAACUAUCGACCUCAGCGACAGGGCGACGGUACAGCGCAGGCUUUUGGAGCGGUUCGACAAAACAAUGUCGCAAAGUCAAUUGUUAACGGAGUUGGCUAAAGUGAAGUAUCAGUCGUGGGAACAAGCGGCGACAGCCGCAGCACGCCUCUACGAGCCCAAGCAGAGCGUGCUGGAGCUCCGAGAAAGGACCAGUCGAGCCAUUAGGGCUGCUAUCCAAGCUAAUGGACCCCAACGCGGCGCCAGGAAAUCGAAAACCGACCUGGGGGAACCCAUGCGAACUCCUAUGAGUGUCAGGGUCGCGGGCAUUCGGCACGUGCCUGCCCCAGCAAGGGAGAACGUACCAAACGUCCGGGGGAAAUACACAAGAAGUGUGGCGGUGUGGGACACUAUGCUCGGGACAGUCCUACGCUCCAAUGCCAUUCCAGUCUUCCUUGAAUGGGGAAACCAACUCCUCAGCACUGCGGAAGGAACCAAUACGAGCGACGGGCACGCGGAAGCGACUCCGCCGCUUUCGGAAACGCGGUGGGAGUCUCGGCCGGCGUCGAUCCUGAGUGAAGCGGCUCCGGGCGCGACGACGGCUAGCAGCAGAAAGUCUGCAGGGGCGACAGAAGACGGCUACAGGCCAGACACAACAGAAAUUGCGCUACACUGGUGGCGGGAAACUUGCACGAAAGAGCCUUACGACCAAAGGGGAGCAUUGCACUAUCUGGGUGCGACGGCGGUGCUUCGCGUUGAGCUCGCAGUGAGUCCAUGUGAGGCCUUCUUGGACACUUGGGCUUCGUGGAGUUUCAUUAGUCCCAAAACAGUCGAACGACUGCAGCUCAAGUCCUAUGUGAACGGCCAGUGGUGCGAGUUACCGGUCGUUAGGAUGGGUGAACAGACAUUGCAGGGUGACAGUCACAUAGUAGCACCUCCAACGACUCCUGCGGAGCAAGCAUAUGACAUUUUGGCUAAGCAAGUGGCGGGUAUAUCAGCAGAGGAGGCCGCCAUAUUCCUACGGCCGCCACCUAAAAGGUAUAAAUCCCAUGCGAAGACUACGGCGAAGGCAUGGAUAACGUCGCUUGUUCGUCAGGCGGCGGCCGAAGCAAAGAGUCUCAGGGCACCAUUGCACGGUUUGCAUUACACACUGGCUUUGACCAACGUUGGCUCGUCAGUGGCACUGAGGUUCACGGACGAGUGGCAAGGCGCACUUUGCUGCACGUUGAUGGGCCAAGCGAUGCGCCAGUGUAACUAUGCACUUAGUAAUGUUAAAGGGGCCGUGAACGUAGCACUUCACAUAAUCACAAGUUUGCUGGAAAAGUAUCGUCAUGGGAGGGCGGACAGUGGGUGCCAGUGCGCCAACAAUGUCGAUGUCGGCAGCCGUGAGGAAAUUCUGACCAAUCAUGACCUCGAAUUGGGGGACCUCGGUGAAUUCAGACUACUAAGGAGAGUAGCGGCCGGAUCCGAGGACUUCAAGGAAACUACAGUAGCGGAUGAGGUGAUCUGCAAGCACUUUGACGAUUCCAACUGCUGUCGCUGCCCUCUUGGCUGCGGAGCAGUGAGUCAUUUUGUUCAAGAACUCAGUGCUCUCUCAAACAGAGAUACUUCCCGAAGGUGCGAGAGGCAGAUCAGUUAG